GUGGCAAAACAUGCAAAAUAAACACUUGAAACUGCUGCUGCGGUGUCUUCUGGCCCUGCCCCUCAUCCUGCUUGCCGAUUACUGCGGCCUGCUGACCCACCUGUACGAAUUGGACUAUGAGCGUCACUUUCACUACCCGCUGCAGGAUGACCACGCUGCUGCCACCUCGGGCGUUGGCAAGUACUCCUAUUUGCUAAUGCCCGCAUUCACUUCGGAAGUUCAAGUGGAGCCGCCCCGACUAACGCUACUGAUAAAGAGUGCAGUGGGAAAUGUACGGCGACGCGAGGCCAUCCGACGUACGUGGGGCUACGAGGGUCGCUUCUCGGAUGUCCAUCUGCGACGCGUUUUCGUUCUGGGCAGCGCCGACGAGAGCGAGAAGGACGUGGCCUGGGAGUCGCGCGAGCACGGCGACAUUCUGCAGGCGGACUUCGUAGACGCGUACUUUAAUAACACGCUGAAAACUAUGAUGGGCAUGCGCUGGGCCAGUGAACAAUUUAAUAGCAGCGACUUCUACCUGUUCGUGGACGACGACUACUACGUUUACCAAAAUGUUCUACGAUUUUUAGGCCGAGGGCGCAAGAGCCAUCAGCCAAAUAUGCUCUUUGCGGGCCAUGUGUUCCAGACAGCGCCGUUGCGGCACAAGUUCAGUAAGUGGUAUGUCUCGCUGGAGGAGUAUCCCUUCGAUCGCUGGCCUCCCUACGUCACUGCCGGCGCCUUUAUGCUAUCCCGCCAGGCCCUGCUCCGCCUGUAUGCGACCAGUGUCCACAUACCGCUCUUUCGCUUCGACGACGUCUACUUGGGCAUUGUCGCACUGAAGUCAGGCAUUCCGCUGCAGCACUGCGAGGAUUUCCGCUUCUACCGGCCCAAGUACAAGGGUCCAGACAGCUACAGUGCGGUGAUAGCCUCGCAUCAGUUCGGCGACUCAGCGGAAAUGGAGCAAGUGUGGAACGAGUGCCGGUCGGCAAACUACGCGUAGCAGAGGAUCCGACAGCCAGUGUUUAUAUGGAUGAGUCAUGGCCGCGAACCGAUGUUCCGCCUUAUCAAAAAUAAUUAUAUGUAGAUAUCUUAGACAGAGUAUCUUAAUUUAAUUUAAGCAGCAUAUCGUGAGCUUGUAUUGCGUAAAAUUAAACUUUAGAUGUUACAUUCAAUGAUAAAUGAAAGGGAAAAAAGG